AGUUUACGACCGACCGCGGUGCGAGUGAGACGCUUUUGUGAUGCGCUGAGGAAAAGCUCACGAGUAACGCGCGUCGUGCACCAUUGAGGAAGGAACACUUGUUGUUCGAGUUGUUCGAAAUGCGAUAGGAUUAUCAGGGGAUUGUUGUGCGCGUGUGAUUUGCCAACGACAAUAUGUGGCCGGACGUGCCGAAGAACUUGUGUCGGAACCGCUUGAUGAUUAUCCUUCUUCUAUUUACGUGUCUGAUGAUAAGCGCGACUUCGUCCGCAAUUAUGGGAGACGAGUGCGACUGGACCGGAAGCGGCCUCACGUCGUCCUCGCCGACGAGCCGGGGCGUGACGCCCGUUUACUUGCGCUGCUCGGCGGGCAGAGUGACGUGGAUGUACCCGGAAGGCGCCCUCCGAGUCCUGCUUCGCUACCCCGGACAAGGACGCGAAUUUAGGGCCUGCAUCAAGGUGCGAAGCGGCGACGAGCACAAGGACCCCAACGUACGACUGUUUCUCGAAGGUCCCAGAUCGUUGCUGCCCCUGUACUCGUACAACGAUGGAAGCUCCAAAGCCAUAAGAUGCUUCAGCAGUAAAAACGGACAGGUCGCCAUAUACGUAGAAGCGACUCAAGGGCAGAGCGUGAAUAAAAGAACGUCUGAAAUUGAAUACGACCUGCAACCUUUGCCUAAAGGUGUCAAUGGCUACGAUCCAACCGAAGAAUGCAGACCUUGCACUUCGUCCGAGUUGGCUCACGCUUUUUGUACCAGUGAUUUAGUGACCCGAGGCACUAUUUAUUCAGUGGAAAACAAGGACGAGGAGGAGCUAUCCCAACUGUCCAUAAAGGUGACGAAAAUGAUCCGGCACACCGUAAAUGACAUAUACUCCCCAGAUCUCGAAACCAAUUCCGUGUACGAUGAAGGCGAGAAAAUCAAAGAGGUGGUUCUUCACGUGAGUCAACACUGCGGCGUGACCCACGGCGAAGGCGAGUUCGUCUUCAUGGCGCGAAGCAAAUUGGGCGAUUUGACGUUACAGUGCGCGCCCAGACUGGAGGAUUGGGCGCAGCUGGUCAAUCAGCUAUCCGAAGAUGGUACCGCUCAUUGUGUUUUGAGGAGUUAGCACUGGCCUAGCCAAAUAAGUCUUAAAUGUCGCUGUGAUGAUUUGUACAUAAAUUUUUGUAAAAUGUGUUAAAUACUAACGAUUGUCAGACGCAAUUUACGUUAUGUUGUAUAGUGCAAAUAAGCUUUUCAUGAAUAAAUUAUUAAUGAUGGUCGUUACGGUGAUCGGGAUACUGUUUUUGCAUAUGUGAUGGGCAAAAACUAUUAUUGUAAUGUGGCUGACUAUUAAUUACUGAUUUAUUCAUUACCGCUGAUCCAUUUCCUUGUAUAGAACUUUAACUGUACUUAUAAUCUCUACGUUAAUUUCUGAAUAGUUUCUCAAUUUACUAACCAGUAUGUUUACCUGUUAAGCAGAUAAUUUAAAUGCAGAUACUUUUAGUUAAUCUAUAGAUAGUUUGUCGCUUCUAGAGUAAUUAAUUGCUGAACACCGGCCUUUUUGCAUUUUACAUAAAUCAUAAAUCUGUGUGAUUGGCUGUUAGUGACUCGAAAAGUGAUACCGCUCAUUUAUAGAAACACUUCUUGAAUUCCAGGUGCCAAAACAUAGAUUAAUUGAUGCUAUAUUUAUUCUAUACAUUUUCUGCUCAUAUAUCUUAUAUUUUAAAUGUUGUACAUAAGAAUUAUUGUAAAUAAGAAUCGCGAUCUCACAUAAGAAUGUGUUGUUGAAAAAUUGAAGAUUUUUAAAAAGAAUUAUUGUUGUUCCUAAAAUUUAAAUUAUAAAAAGUGUAUAUAAAAUUGUAUUUUACAGUACUUUAGAUUUUUAGAAACUUUUUAUUACAGUUUAAUGCCAUAAUUAUUUUCUAAAAGUUCUACCUGUGAUAUGUAAAAUAGUUAUAAGAUUGUUUAGAGAAUAUAUAAUUUUUACAGAA